CCUCGGGGUUUUGGCGUUCUUCAUGAAGCAGCAGCAGCGCCUUGGAUGUUUGGGGCCAGCGCUUGGAAGUGGAGAGCGGUGAGUGUGAGAAGAAUGGCAUUAGGAGCGAUAGGACCAGUGCCGCCAUGGCCAAGCAGCAGCGCGGCGAUUCCUGGGAGAAAUUCGCGAUUUCGCCCCUCAUCGUGCUCGCAAUCCUUCUCAGCAGUGCCCGUGAAGACUCUCCCAGCGCCAGAAGAGGAAGAGCUUGCGUUAUUUCGGCUUUACAGAGAGAAAUACUAUGCCAAUUCGAUCAGCAUUCAAGUCCCUGUGAGGCACACUAUCUCGCUGCAAGAGCCAAAAGGAAAGUCGCCAUUCAGUUCGAGUACUACCAAGGAAACACCCGGAGCAACGCCACCUCGCUCGGAGAGCGCGUCCAUAUCCAGGCAGAAGAAUUACAGUGAUUCUUUGCUAACUCAUCCCCCUCCUGUGGAGCCCCGUGUUGCUGCUCCGGAGUUCACGCAGAGGAACUUUGUAAGUUUCCCACGAAGACAGGUUCCUCAGUUUCAGCCCAGAUGUGCUCCACAAAAUGGAAGCCUGCUACAAGAGAAGAGUCGAACCGCAAGGAAAGUCGAAGUUCAUGCGGCAGAGACACAGACGAAACCAGCUCCUCCUCCACCUCAACCAGUGGUGCAAAAGCCUUCACCACAAGCUCGGACUGUGCCUCCAGCUAUUCAGCCGAAGAGACGGCUUCCGACUCAAAUCCCACUGAACAAAAAGGCAGCACCAGUGUUUACGUGGGACAUCACCCUGAAUGACGACAUUCUCGUAGUAGAAAACGAGAAGAGUGCAGAGAAGGUGGUGAAGCUGCUGAUGGAGAAGUAUAAGGAUGAAGUUCAUGCUUGUGACACAGAGGUUGCGGAUAUUGAUGUCAAAAAGGAGAGUCCCGUUGGUCAUGGAAAGCUUACGUGCUUCAGCAUCUAUUGCGGAGUAAACGUGGACUUCGGUGGUGGAAAGUCCCGAGUCUGGGUGGAUUUGCUCAAUGGUGGACCAGGAAUUUUGGAUGUCUUCAGGCCUUACUUUGAGAACGCAGAAAUCAAAAAGAUCUGGCACAACUACAGCUUUGAUAAGCACAUUCUCGGGAACUAUGGUAUCAAAGCUGCUGGUUUUUAUGCCGACACGAUGCACCUUGCCCGCCUCUGGGAUUCUGCACGGGGAGGACUUGGUUAUUCGCUGGAAGCGCUGACCGCUGAUCCGAAGGUUAUGGACGACAGGCCAUUACAGAAUGGCAAGACGUCGAUGAAGGAUCUGUUCGCAAUUACAAACGUGAAGAAAGAUGGCAGUGAAGGGAAGCUGAAGGUUAUUCCACCCGUGGAAGAGCUCCAAACGUCAAAAGACACCCGUGACAAAUGGAUUUACUACUCGGCGCACGACUCGGUUUGUACAUGGCACUUGUGGUCAUCGCUCAAGAAGAAGCUGCAGAAGGCUUCAUGGUAUAUGGAAGGCGAUAAGAGGGGUAACAUGUACCAGUUUUACGAACUCUACUGGCGGCAUUUCGGAGAUGUUCUCGUCCAAAUGGAAGCCGAAGGCAUGCGGGUUGACACAGUACAUCUUGCGGAAGUUGAGAAGGUUGCGCUUAAUCAGAAGCAGCUCUCCGUAAGCCGCUUCCAGAAAUGGGCUUCUCAGUACUGCCCCGACGCAAUGUACAUGAAUGUUUGCAGUGACGUCCAAAUUCGACAAAUUUUGUUCGGGGGAACUUCUAACAAAAAGGAUCCUUCAGUUUCGUACCCAAAAGAGCGGACUUUCAAAGUUCCAAACUCCGAUAAUUAUCUAGAACCGGGUGCGAAGACCGUGAAAAAGUAUCGAUCUAUAUCGUUGGAAGGCAUUGACGUCCAACUUCCUGUUGAAACAUUCACUCCAUCGGGUUGGCCGGCGGUCAGUGGUGCAGUUUUGAAAUCUCUUGCCGGCAACGUCGUCACAGACUACGACGAAGAAGAGGACGAGGCGGAAUUCUCUCCCGAGGCUUCCACUUUUAUUACAUCCGGUGGUGUCGAAGGGACUGACGGAGAUAAAAGUGAAGACUUGUCAGCUUAUGGAAAAGCAUAUGGCGCUUUUGGGGGUGGAGAAGAAGGCAAGAAGGCGUGCAUGGCAAUUGCUGCGCUCUGUGAGCUAUCCUCCAUCGAUACGCUAAUAUCAAACUUUAUCCAACCUUUACAGAAUGGCCAAAUUCUUGGUCCGGACGGUCGCGUUCAUUGUUCCCUCAAUAUAAACACAGAGACUGGACGUCUGUCUGCUAGAAGACCAAAUUUACAGAACCAACCUGCUUUGGAAAAAGAUCGCUACAAAAUCCGAAAAGCAUUUAUCGCCCCUCCUGGGAAGUCUUUGAUUGUUGCGGACUACGGACAGUUGGAACUUAGAAUCCUCGCUCACAUGAGUGGCUGCAAAAGCAUGCUGGAGGCGUUCGAAGCUGGUGGUGACUUCCAUUCGAGAACAGCGCUAAACAUGUAUCCUCACGUCCGCAAAGCUGUAGAGACCGGAGAAGUCCUUCUGGAAUGGUCUGGGGAAGGCAAGUCGCCAGUCCCGCUACUCAAGGAUAAAUUCGGUAGCGAGAGGAGGAAAGCGAAGAUGCUCAACUUCUCCAUUGCAUACGGCAAAACUGCCAUGGGCCUUUCAAAGGACUGGAAGGUAAGCCUGUACGAAGCCCAGCAGACCCUGGACCUCUGGUACAACGAUAGAAGCGAAGUGAAAGAAUGGCAAACGGAUACCAUCGAGAGAGCACGCAUCACGAAGCGAGUGCACACGUUGCUCGGCAGGAGUCGGCAUCUGCCGGACAUCAACACAUCGAUCUCGGUACUUCGCGGACACCUCGAGCGAGCUGCGAUCAACACUCCUGUGCAGGGGAGUGCCGCGGACGUUGCUAUGUGCGCAAUGCUGGAGAUCGACCGGAACUCCAGGCUUCGAGAGCUGGGAUGGAAACUAAUCCUUCAGGUCCACGACGAAGUGAUACUCGAGGGGCCAUCGGAAUCGGUGGAAGAAGCGCAAGAGAUAGUCGUGAAGUGUAUGUCGUUUCCAUUCGAGGGCGAGAACUUCCUCAAGGUAAAUCUGGACGUGGACGCUGACCAUGCAAAGAGCUGGUACGAGGCCAAGUAGCUCCCCCCAGUUUUGCCUAAAUUUUGUAGAGCUUUGUUGUAUAUUUGCAAGGGAAUUCUGAUGGAAGGAUAUUUCUAUAGCGAUGCCUAA